UCCUUUACGUAUAGAUUUAUAUUCCUUUAUUUACAAUUGGAUUAAAUUAAAUUUUUUGAUGCAUAGUGCUCAAAAAUCCCUACAAAAACAAAUUUCUUUGUGUGUUUGGCAAAACGACGAUCAGCAUGAUGGCAAGAUAGCGGAUUGCACCAUAUGAUUUGUGUUUGUUGUACAAAUGCGACCACCUUUAAUUGUUUCGCCAUGAGAUUUGUGGUUGUUGUACAAAUCAUAAAACCUUUAAUUUUGUCGCCAUGACAUAGUACCAGCCUUUUUGACAAAAUAUUUUUUCAACCGUGUUUUUGUCGUGAAACGUGAUUUUCUUGUGAGUCGUAAUUUCUCGCGAGUCGUGAGAUUUUCGUGAAUAUGAUUUCCUAACUCACGCACGAAGAACAAUCGUGUGUGCGCCCCAUCAAGUCCAAAUUCGCGAUAACACCUAUUGUUAUUAUUUAGAUGCAAAAAACACACCUGCUCGAGUCAUAUGUUAUUUUUUAUUGAACAAAGAAGAUUAGAAAAUUGAAAAGUUAUAGCAGAAAUUCAUCAAUUAAAGUGAAACUUUAAGCAAUCAUUAUGUUAACCCAAUUAUUAAGAAAUGCUGUUGCAAGAAAUUUCUACAGAUAUCAACAGCAAUUUGUUAUGACGCAACAUCGAGGGUCGAUGGAGAUGGUGUUACGUGCAAAGUUUCUACAUGUUAAAGUUUAUGACAAAGAUGCCGGUUUAAAGGAAAAGCGGGAAGCAAAUAAAAAUAAACCCAUGUCCGCUGUUGAGAAUAAAGAUGCAUGGGAUGGCAUUAGACAACAACAAGCGGUCAAGGAAGAACUAUCCCAGAUAAAACACCAAACAAAGGAAGAUAUAAAAGAAAUAGAUGUCCCCAUUGAUGAUACCGCUGCUGCUAACGAUCCUGAUUUAUUUGGUGAUGCUACAAAAGCACCAUUGCCUGAAGAUGAAGGCGAUAAAGUCGAAGAUGAGUACAUUAGCCGACCAACGCGUCGCUCGAAAAAACUGCGCACAAAAGAAUAUGCCGCCAUCAUCAAAGAACAUUUGAACAAUCAUCGUCUUAAGAAUGCAAUAGAGGUUUUAGAAAUACGCAUGAUUAAAGAGGAUCGCGUAAAACCAGAGAAUUACAUUUAUAAUUUACUUAUAAGUGGAUGUGCCAAAGCCGGUUAUACACGAAAAGCUUUUCAAUUGUACACGAAAAUGCGACAACGUGGACUAAAGGUAAAGGAAAGUACUUACACAUCUCUGUUUAAUGCCUGUGCCAAUGCACCAUCGCGUUUGGAUGGUCUUACAACAGCAAGGCGUUUAAAAGAAAAUUUGUUGGAAAAGGGCUAUGAAGCGAAUGUAAAAAAUUAUAACGCUAUGUUGAAAGCUUUUGGCCGUUGGGGAGAUAUUGAAACAGUUUACAUGUUAGCCGAUGAAAUGGUGGAUAAGAAACUCGAGAUGAACGGAGAAACAUAUAAUUUCCUACUUCAGGCCUGUGCCAGCGAUACUAAAAUGGGGUUCAGGCAUUGCCUUUUGACCUGGCACAAAAUGUUACGUCAGGGUAUUCAACCCGAUUACUAUUCCUUCAAUGCUGUGCUAAGAUGUGUUCGUGACUGUGGUUUCGGAGAACUUCAAACUAUGGAACAAGCUUUAAAGGGUAUUCUCAUUGGAAAUGAAACAAUCGAAAUCACAUCCACUUCAUCAUCGUUACAUCAACUUGAGAAUAUAAGCGGUGAUGCAACCAAUGCUUCGGAUAAAUUAGCAGUUGAAAAAUCAAAUAAAAACUCUUCGCUGAGUUCUCUGCAAAUAGAGUCAGAUGCCACUAGUCUGGUGUUGCCCAAUUUACUAGCGCCCCAUCCACACUUGGGUAGCAUGGUAUCAUUGGCCGAAGUUGAAAAACCACACGAAAGAUUUUUGUUAGUGGGUGGUCUUCAAGGUUUUCUAGAACUUAUGAAAUCAUAUCACAUAACUCCCGACAUAGAGACAUUUACCACCAUGCUGGAAGUUAUACCGCCUACAAAUUCGGCGGAAAAACAACUUUUAACAUAUAUACGAAAAAUUGGUCUUAAAGCCGACAUUGACUUUUUUAAUAUAUUGAUAAAGAAACGUGCUAUGCGUUUUGAUUAUGAAGGUGGUAAGGAAGUAUUGUCCAUGAUACGCACUGCGGGUUUGCAUCCCGAUAUAGUCACAUAUGGAGUUUUGGCUCUUGGUUGUACCACAGUCGAAAGUUCCCGAGAGUUGUUGCAUCAAAUGAGACAGAACAAUAUAAGGAUGAACAUUCAAAUCUUAGGUGCUAUGUUGCGUCAAGGAUGUGCUAAAAAAUCUUUUCCUUACAUAUGUGAAAUAAUUCAGAUAAGUCUAGAUGAAAAUAUCAAGCCAAACGAUAUUUUCCUAAGGCAUUUACAUAAUUUUCACUUGCAGUGCGCUCGAGCAAUAGACGAUAGGCAUCCAUCAACAAAAACCAAACUCUUUAAGAAACAACACAAGGAAUUCUGUGAUAAGUAUCGUUUAUAUAAGGAAGAACAAGGUAUUGCAAAUUUGAAAUUGGACGAUGCCAUAAAGAAACUACGAGAACGCCCCUAUCAACAGUACAAAGAGGAUUAUGAGGAGGGCAUGGAACCACUGAAAAAUCAAAAAAUUGCCCAAAAACAAAAACUUCGAAAGUACAUAAAGAAAAUUAAAAUUCAAAAUUUGAAAGGAGAUGAGGAUGAUAUUAACGUUUUGGAGGAAUUGAAAGAAGCCCCUGCAUUGACACCACCUAAAAAUGAAAAAAACCCAUUCAGAUCAAAUUAAGCCAAUCAUUGUUCGCUUGCGUCCCCUGGCGCGCACUUCUUCGAAUUUAGCCACAACGGAUUCUUCGUCUUUGCCACACUCUUUACGAUAUGCUUGAAGCAUAUAAUCAAACAGAUAUGGCUGUUCACUAUGUGUACUUAGCAAGGCUCUCUCGAGUACAUAUAAGUCAACUCCCUUGUCUUCUGUUCCUUGGUUGUAAUGACUUAAACCAAAAUCUAUAAAGACUAUGUCAUACGUCUCGCAGAUAUCAGCAUUUUCUUUGGGAUUUAUUAGUAUGUUAGAUGUUGUCAAGUCGCCAUGUAUAAUAUUGUUAGCGUGCAUUCUUCCAAUUAGACUGCCGACUGCAGUACAGAACUUUUUUAAUGCAUCUUCAGCGUCAGACUUUUCUGUGACA